AUGGCAGAUGUAGGCUUCCUGGAUGAAGAUGAAGGCGAGACCGAGGACGACCUGGAGGAGCUCGGCUCGCUGAUCUCCUUCUCCAACUUGGAACAUGUCGUCAAGCACAUCAUCCGCAAGUUCAAAUCGCUGGAGGCAUACAACGAAAGCAAUGAUGCCACCAUCAAGAGUCUCAAAGGCGAAAUCGAGUUGCGCGCAACGAUCACUGGCCUAGACGAGGUGGUGUCGGAGCUCAAUCAGCGUAUUGAGCAGCAACAAGAAGCGCUAUAUCUGACGAAGGAGAAUGUGACUUCUUCAGAGGAAGCCAUCGACAGACUCAAGGGCAGCCAGACCCAGCUAGAGAAAAAGCUGGACACUGUCGUCAAGGAGAAGGCGGUGCAGGACCGCCUGAUUCGCGAGACGCAGGAUGCCCUUCUUGACAAAGUGUCCUUGGCCGAGCUGAACAUGUUUGAGGCGAAGUUUGCCGGGUACACUACAAAGUUGGAGCACCAGCAAAUCCUCAACGCCUUGAGUGACUAUGCCACCCUGGAUGUUGCGGAGCGAAUAGCUGAAAACAUGAAGGUCUUGUCAACCCGCUUUGACGACUACACUCGGACAGCCAAGCUGGAGCAGCAGCUACAGGAAGUUCGGGACUGGGUUGGCGAUGAGCUGCAGAACUAUGCCAAAGUUGCCCAGACAACAAUGCGGAUAGAAGAGCUGGCGGUCCACAUAAAAGAGCAAUCGUUAGUGUUCGAUCGGGUGUAUGCAUCCAACAAUGACCAAUUGCGAGGUUUGUCUGACCGCAUUACAUCAAUGUACUCGGAGUUAGCCAAUGACCUUCAGCAGCGGGCCAUGUAUGAUGACCUGCAAGAGACGAAGAACAGCCUGAAGAAAUACGCGCUGCGAGCCGAAACUGAUGCUUUUCAACAGGAUUGCGUGCCCAAGCUGAAGUUCUGUGUGGACUCCAUCAAAGCCUUUGAUCAAAGAUUAAGGGCACAGGAUGAUGCCAUUCAGCGCGUGGAUGAAGUCCUGUUGGAUAAGGCUGGUAAGUACGACAUCGUCAUCAUCAACUCGCGAAUCGAGCAGUGCAUCCAAAAGGAAGCCGCCAUGAAAGAGUUUCAUGGGAUGUAUGACAAGCUGGAUAGAUUCAACAAAAGGUUUGAGGAAUAUAUCGAGCAAGAAAGCAAGCGGCUGGACGAAUUCCGGCCUCCUGACUAUGGCCCAAUGUUUGAGGACCUGAAUCACAAAGUAGCUCUGAAGGCUGAUAAGGCCGACCUGGUCGAAAUGUACCAGCUCAAGGCAAAUCGAAUUGAUGCGGACGAGCUAGCAAAGCUCCAGGACACCAUACACCGGCAGCUGGAGUACCUGAGCGUGACGACCUUCGGUCUCUCCAAGCUCUGUCUAGCGGAGGCGAAGCAGGGGGAGUCCAAGACUCUGCGAAUGCAACAGCGGACGCAAGUGCUGAUGCAGAGCGAGGCGCUUUGGCAUUGGAUAUUGCACAACGAGCCUCCACCGAACUUGGACACGCUGAGACCACCCCCAGCUCGAGGUGACAACGUUGACAUCAUCAAAGCUGAGCACAUUGACCGACAGAAGCGCUCUAUGGACGACCACAAGAGGAGCCAGUUGGAGCGCAAGCUGGGCAUUGCAGUUUAG